AUGGAAGAAAGUUCCAAAAGGAAGUGUCAGUGCAGCGUGUUCGUGUUGAAGGAUCCAGCCUAUAAAGACAGAGUAAAAACUUCCUCAUCAGAAACUGAAAAGGGGGAUUUCUCCAUCGAGCUGACCAACGUGAAGGAGUCUGAUUGUAGAACUAACUGUUACAGAUGGUUUUUCUUCUUCACAUUCCUGCUGCUGAUACACAAAGUGUCAGUACAGAGUGUCACUGAGGAAGUUGCAGGUGUUAAAGGAGAUUCUGUGGUCUUGCCAUGUCGAAGUACACAAAGUCCACAGAAUGUGUUUUGGCGAAACAAGGACGACGGGGUGGUGUGCAACAUAAAUAACGGAGCAAUAAACAAUGAGCAGGAUGCAGCCUAUAAAGACCGAGUUGAGAUUUUUCCAUUAGAAAUUGAGAAGAGAAAUUUUUCCAUUCGGCUGAAGAAUGUGACUAAAGCUGAUGAAGGAAUGUACACUUGCUGGGUGCCGAAGCGCUUUAAGCUGUAUGUACAAUUAAAUGUUACCAAGAGACCAGUGACCCGAACCACAACAGUGAUCACGAUCCCAAGAAACGGUGAAUACCUGAGACGAGCAGACGGUCUGUUAACACUCCUGCUGGGAUUUGCUCUGCUCUAUAACUUAGCCUUCUGA